AUGACAAAGAUCAACCAAUGUGUUGAGGCCCAAUUCAAAUCUUGGUUGGUGGAAACGGGCGCCUUGAAAGAAUUGAAGCUUCUUGAUACAGCUGCUACAAGUGGUGGUAGUGGAAGGCAUUCUCACAGAAAUAGGAAAGAAACUACAGAUGGUGAUGAUGAUGAUGAUGAUGAUACAGUUGUUCCUCGACAGUUAAUAAAGCAACAGCAAAAUGCCAAGACCUUUCGUGAGCGGGUUGAUUCGACACUUGCGUUGGCUAUAUUUCAUUUCGAACAAUCGAAUUUCUCAACAGCAAUAAGUGUGUAUAAGACACUUUUAUCAUUGUAUGAAAGCCACGAUUCUCGUGAUGAGCUUCAAAUCGCUUUAACUCAUCGAGCUAUCGCGGAAUGCAAUCUUGAGUUAGGAGACUUUAACGAAGCCAUUAAGCACACAAGCCAAUAUCUUAAAAUCUCCAAGGUAAUUAACAAUAAGCUUGAGCAGCAAAGGGCUUAUGUCACAAUUGGGAGGUGUUUUCAAUGCAGAUCUGAUAGUGCUUCUAACGGUGAAGUUGCAAGAAAGAGCUUACUUGCAGCUCAACAGGCUAUCUUAAACAGCAUUAAACUUACCAAUCAGCUUACUAGCCUGACCUCUGUACAGCAAGCAGAAAUGAAAGCCGUUUCUCUUCUUAACCUUGGUCAUGCCUUGUGCUCUAUGGGUGACUUCGAGUCUGCCGCCUCACGAUUUGAUCAGUGCAUUAAUAUCGCUCGGAAGCAUGCUCUUCGUAGUAUACUCUUUCGAGCUGUGUUUCAAAAUUGUGAAAUUCCUCUUCAUCACUGGCCAGUUAUUGCUCAAAGCCGACUUCGUCAUACAGAUUUGUUGAACCAUGAGGAGUCUAGCAUUAUCGCCAAAGCCAUAUCUCUUUGCAGUCAAACACUGAAGCCUGCUGGUAGCCAAAAUUGCUUAAGUAAGGAAACUAAAACCUAUCGAAGAAAUUUGGAGGAUCUUUUGGCUCAACUUUACGUUGCUAAAAGUUCCUAUCGAACCGCAGCUAAAGUCUAUCGCCAAAUUUCUCGAGCAGAUUCUUCAUCCAGUUUAAAUUACAAAGAACUUUGUGGAAAAGCUCUUCGACUGGACAAAAUUAUUAGCAGAUUUCAGUAUUCUGAUUGCGAAUCCGUUGAUGGUAUGCUUCAGGUUUCAAAACUUUAUGAGAAAAUGGGUGAUAUUUUAUCUACCAUGGAUCUUCAUAAUCCUGCUUUCCGUUGUUACCAACAAAUGUUGUUAUGGUCUGAAGUUGCUUUUUCUAAGCAACAAAGUCUUGCUACGAUUAGUGAUAGCAAAGGCGAUUUGGAAGCCCUAGCCAAGCAAGUUGACUCUGGCCUGGUAUCAUCUGCUGAAGCUUGUGCAAGUUUCGGGGCCUACGCUCUUUGUGCUCAUUUCUACCGGCGUGAGAUUCUUUUUAAUAUGAGCCUUUCAAAAUACUCCUUUUCAAUCUUUAAUCCAGAGGAUCUAGCCCAAAGUUGGCUCUCAGUUGCUAAGGCUCUCAUUCAGGCGCCGAAAAAUACGCCUUCUGACUUUGUUCCUCCAACUUGUGAAACUUUAGAGGGUUCAUAUAAUCCUGAAAGUGCUUUGAAGCGAGCUCUUUCUCUUAUAGUAUCCCGUCGGUCUUCGAAUAUUACCCGAAAUGUGUUAUAUGAACUAAUUGAAUACUAUAAGAGCUGUGGGAAGGAAUCGAAGGCCAGCGAAUAUUCCACUGAACUUGAAAAUAUGGUUGACGGAAAUGACAGUUCGAAUUCAUCCUCUGAUCCGAUUCUGUCUCGUGGCAAAGAAUCAGACAUUGACACAAAUCCGGAUACUCAAAAUGAUGUGAUGGAUGAGGCGAUUGAAGUCCUUUCCUCAGAUUCUGAAGUUGAGCAGUGUGUAAAUAUUAAUGAUGCUGCUACUGACCUUGUCGAAUCUCCUGGUAAAAGGCGGACCAAAGCUCUUUGUCUCAAGACAAAUCUCAAAGGAGAAUCUCCUCUUCAUGUUGCGUCUAUCAACGGCAAUCUUGAACACGUUGUUAAACUGAUCGAAGUUGUUGCUCAUCCAAUAAAUGUCCGAGAUGGUGCAGGCUGGUUGCCAAUUCACGAGGCGGCCUUUCAUGAUCACGCGGAUAUUGCUACUUACCUGUUGGAUAAGGGAGCGAGUUUGGAUGAUACCGGUUGUCCGGAGGAUCAUUCAACUCCUCUCUUUGAAGCAAUUCACGGAAAUGCGCUCAAAACUGCCAUCAUACUUAUCAACCGUGGUGCUAAUCUUUGGCAUGUAAAUGCCGAAGGUGAAACCCUUUCCGACCUCCUAAAUAGUUGGGAACCAAAGAAGAAUGCUUGUGGUGGAACGGUAGCACAAAGAGCUCUUUUCCAUCAAUUGAUGAAUGCCGUCAGAAAUAAACUUGGUGAUUCCUACGACGAUUGGUAUUCAUACCGCCCGCCAAAGCCUAACAUUCGAACUUCCGCGCAUUCAGUAUCCAUAGUCAACGAUGAAUCCGAUGAUGAGGAGAACAAAGAAAUCUCAAAAGCCUCUCGAUGCAAAAAUAAGCCUCGUCGACGUCGUUCAUUUAGUUCUUCAGAACGCGACAAAAAACAGGAGAAUGAUCGAGGAUGGAAUAACUCAAAACCUUCUCGUCGUGAUCGUCGUUUCGAUUCCCCGCCACCUUCCCCUUCUCAAUCAAAGUCGAAUAAAAAGGUCGCUGUCACCAAUGGGAAACAGGACUCAAGUGUCGUGAGUGACUACCGAAGUGCUAUGAAAGCUAUUGGCGGCUCUGGCACCAGCCAUCCGACCAACACUGUGUCAAAGCGUCCCAGUUCUACCCUGAAUGGUGUUCUUGUUGACGCAGAUGAUGAAUGGCUUGAAGACGACAUUGGUCAGGCAAUGGCAGAAAAACGACUUCUGAGGAAACGAGCCAGAAGUGACCUUUAUCCUGUUUGUUUGCAAAGCUCCUCAAAACGGACGCGAGCCGGUGCAACCAGUGCAAAUACGUCUUCUCAUCUCUCUGUUGAGACCAUGGAAUUUGAUCCGAACGAGGCGAUCUGUUCGACACAAGUUGACACGCUGGUUAAGCCUUCUCAAGGUGCCAAUGAUGCUUCAGGACCCCCUACGUCUUUUCAACAGACAGAUUCACACUUGGAGGAAUCCCAACCAACUCAAUUGCCGAGUUCGUCUGUUGGGGUGACUUGGUGUACUGUGAAAGUCACUUUUUCCGACCUUUCUCUUUUACUCCCCGUUGAUUCACAGUCUAGAACAGUGAAGUGGUUAGCUGAAGAAGCCUAUCGGAGACACCAGUUGCUUUUAGAGGAGGAUUCUACCAUUCCCUUGGGCACACAAAUUCGCAUUCGCACAUCUGAUGGGGCUCUCCUUUUACCCACUGAUCUACUUUGCGCGGUUCUUCCACAAUCCACCUCCAAUACGCCUGAAUUAAUGGCUGAAAUUGUCAAAAAAUCGAAACCUGCUCCUCUCUCUCUUUUACAUGCGCCUUCUGAUAGCCGAUCUCAAGUUCCAGCGACAAACGUAUCAAAGGAGAACUCUAUUGCUAUGAAAGCCAACUUAAGCCAUCUUCCUUCACAUAUUCGUCAAUCCAUAAUCCUUGCUGUCGAGACUGGUUUUCUUAACCUCUCUUUUAAAGCUCUCGAAGCCGAAGGUUGUGCGAGCGCUCUCACAGAGUAUUUGAAAGUCAGGUCCGAAAGCCGGCCUCUUACGAAGCUCAAUCUUGAUGGACUUGAUACUCCAGGAUUCGAUUUUGGUGGUUCGUCUUCUCCCAAGCUCUCCCGACUGCUCACACUUUGUCCAAAUUUAACCAGUUUAAAGUUGGUCAAUUGUGGUAUAACUCCUACAAUUUGGGAGAUAUCCACUAUGUCACGAGGAGGAAAUACUGAUGCAAUGUUCCUCUGCAAUUCAGCUGACAGUGACCAACCAGCUUUUACAUUUGCGCAACUCACUGAAUUGGAUUUGAGUUUAAAUCCACUAUCAUCGAAAUUACUUUCUACAGAUGAUGAUUUCUUGCUUGAUCUUCUAAUUCCACCAUCAGUAAAACGAAAUCGCCCUAACUUCUCAUCUCUUCACACGCUGUAUCUCCGUAGAAGUGUUGCGCUGGGCGAAGGGAAGAUUGAGAACACCUUGGCUGAGAGCUGGCUUCUUCGAGAGGACUAUUCCGUGCAAGUGACAGAAAAUCCAUCUGGAGAUGCGUUUAUUGGAUGCUUGGCACGGUUCUUAGAUUCCGGAAGGUUCACCAUCCAAACUCUCGAUAUUAGCGACUGCAACCUGACCGAAGGGUGCCUAACAAGCUUCCAGAGAUUACUUGCAGCGCCUAGUACAACACUUACAACAUUGCGCUGCGACGGAAACCCUCGACUCAAAGAUCCAAAUGUUUGGGCCAAAUUAAUUUCAACAAGCGCUCAGGCAACAUCAGCUUUAACGGCGAUUACUAUUGAUGCUCCCUUGGGUAAUUCUUGUCGACACCUAGACGCUAAUAGUAAUAAUCCUAAGCCUCUAUCUAACGGGGCAAGGGCUAUUUGCAGUCUCAUUUCAGUUGAAACGGAAGAGGAUCUUAAUCUCUCGAUGGAGGCAAUAUCCCGCAAGAUGUCCCACAACAUCUGUGCUGCACCACUUCAGGAGCUGACCCUCAUCACAUCAGAUUGUUGUACAUGGCUAGGGGAUCAAAUGCUUCCCCUUGGAAAGAGGGUGGCACUGCUAUCCUCUCAAAUGGCAUCUGUGCUACAGAAAAGAAAAUCAGAUGCUUCUCUCUCUGUCCAAUUUCUCACUCACAUUGCAUCCUGCUUUGUUCAGCGAUUUGGAAAGCUAUCAAAUGUCUGUCGGCUGAAUCAUGGAGUGGUCUUCUCCCGUCAAAUGAGUGCUGCUCUUAUCUGCAGAAAUGUCCCUUCUCAUUUGAAUUGA